AUAGCAUCGGUACUAGUCCAGUAGUCCCACGAGUUGAUCAGCCAUAACCAAGAAGGAGGAGGAGGAGGAGGAGAUCAAUGGAGGUGCACUGCAGCAGCAACAUGGAGGAGAACAAGCAGCAUAGCUGGAAAAAGAUGUCAACUGCAAAGCAGUACAAGGACGGCCGGCCGCCGGGCAAAGAGACGCCGGAGAAAGGAGGAAGCCAGGGGCGGAGGAGAGAACUGAGGCGGUCGGCCUCGUUGCCGGUGCGGGUGGCGAGCGCGGCGAGGGAGCAGCGGGCGAGGCUCUACAUCAUGCGUCGCUGCGUCUCCAUCCUCGUCUCCUCCUGCUGGAAGAACUACCCAUAAAUUAUCUUCUGUUUCUGGGCCUGGCCUCGUAGUCUGUAGUACUUCUGUCUCUUUUUUCUGGACUUUCCUUUGCCACUACAUAUGGCCCUGGUGACUUCAAAGAGAUGGGCCUAGAUCUUACCACUUGUAAUUCGGCCAUCCAGAAAGUCAGCCCUUUCUAGGGCUGCCUCGUUCCUUUUUUUAUUUAUUGGGAAAAGUGUAUAGAAGCGCAAAGAGGAAAUUCAAUGUAAAACGACCGCUGGCCUCGCUCCAUUGUUGUUA